AUGGCGUCCACACGAGCAACUGGGCUUCUCAACUCCCAGCUUCGAAGCUCUUCCCGCAUCACAUCCCUUGGACGCAGCGUCUCUGCAGUUCCGACCACCAGACUCACAACACGCCUGUCCGCUCCUGCGACGAGGACGUCCACCAGAAUGGCGACGUUUGCUGCCUUUAAGAUCCCCAAGAUCUCCAACGAGCCCAACCACCACUAUGCCAAGGGCUCCGCCCAGCGUGAAGGCUUGGAUGCCGCAGUAAAGACCCUUCAGAGCAAGCUGCCUUUGGAGGUGCCAAUCGUUGUUGGCGGUAAAGAGAUCUUGACGGGCGACACCGGAAAGCAGGUCAACCCCGCCGACCACGACACCACCGUAGCAACAUACCACCAGGCCUCGCCCUCCGACGUCACAAAGGCAAUCGACUCGGCUCUCGCAGCCAAGCCCGCCUGGGAGUCCCUCCCCUUUGCCGACCGCGCCGCCAUCUUCCUCAAGGCCGCCGACCUCAUCGCCACCAAAUACCGCUACGACAUCAUGGCCGCCACCAUGAUCGGCCAGGGCAAGAACGCGUGGCAAGCCGAGAUCGACGCCGCGGCCGAGCUGGCCGACUUCCUGCGUUUCAACGUUCAGUACGCCGAGGAGCUCUACGCCCAGCAGCCGCAGCACAACAGCCCCGGCGUCUGGAACCGCGUAGAGUACAGGGCCCUCGAGGGCUUUGUCUACGCCGUCAGCCCCUUCAACUUCACCGCUAUCGCUGGUAACCUCCCCGGUGCCCCCGCGCUGCUCGGCAACGUCGUCGUCUGGAAACCGAGUGACUUUGCCAUUGCCUCCAACUGGCUCGUCUACAACAUCCUCCUCGAGGCCGGCCUGCCCCGUGAUGUCAUUCAGUUCGUGCCCGGCAACCCCGAGGAGAUUACGAACCAGGUGCUGUCGCAUAAGAAAUUCGCGUCCCUCCACUACACUGGAAGCACUGCUAUCUUCCGCAAGCUGUACGGUGCCAUCGGCCAGGGCGUUGCCGAGGGCCGGUACGCAUCGUACCCGCGUAUCGUCGGUGAAACGGGCGGCAAGAACUUCCACCUUGUCCACCCGAGCGCCGACGUCGACAACGCCGUGAAGCAGACCAUCCGUGGCGCGUUCGAGUUCCAGGGCCAAAAGUGCAGCGCCACAUCGAGGGCGUACGUUCCCAAGUCGCUGUGGCCGCAGUUCAAGGAGGGUCUCAUUGCCGAGGUGAACAAGAUCAAGAUUGGUGACCCGACGGACCACGGCAACUUCAUGGGUCCCGUCAUUCACGACGCCUCGUUCAAGAAGCUGUCGGGUGUCAUUGAUGCUGCCAAGAGCGAUUCAUCUCUCGAGCUCGUUGCGGGCGGCAAGUACGAUUCGUCAAAGGGCUACUUUGUCCACCCGACAAUCUACCACACCACGGAUGCGAACCACAAGCUCCUGAGCACCGAGCUCUUCGGUCCCGUGCUCGUCAUCCACACCUACGACGACGCCUCGGCACCAGCGGACGCCUUUGCCAACGUGUGCGAGCUGAUUGACGGCACGGGCGAGUACGGCCUCACGGGCGCCGUGUUCGCGCAGGACCGCGCCGCGGUGGUGGUGGCGGAGGAGAAGCUGCGCAACGCGGCGGGCAACUUUUACAUCAACUGCAAGAGCACGGGCGCCGUGGUGGGCCAGCAGCCGUUUGGCGGCGGCCGGGCGAGCGGGACGAACGACAAGGCGGGCAGCCAGAACUUGCUGAGCCGGUUUGUGAGCUUGAGGAGUAUCAAGGAGGAGUUUGCGGCCACGACCAAGGUUGCGUACCCGAGUAACGAGGUUUAA